AUGGCUAUUGUUUCAAGAAAAAAUCCAGAGGAUGUCCAGGAGAUAGUCGUUUGGAAGAGAUACAGUGACUUCAAGAAACUGCACAAAGAUCUCUGGCAAAUUCAUAAGAACCUAUGCAGGCAGACAGAACUCUUUCCACCUUUUGCAAAAGCAAUAGUAUUUGGGCGAUUUGAUGAAACUGUGAUUGAAGAAAGAAGGCAAUGUGCUGAAGAUCUGUUGCAGUUUUCUGCCAAUAUCCCUGCUCUCUAUAACAGCAAACAACUUGAAGAGUUUUUUAAGGGUGGAGAGGUGCAUGAUGGGUCCGAACUGAUUGGUCCUGUUGAGCCUCUGUCCGACCCUCUGACGGACAACUUGUCUGACUGCAGCUCUGAAGUUCGAAAAGAGUUAAGUGGACGUGAUGAUGUGACACUUACGAGCCAAUCAGAAUGUGGAGGCUUCUCCAGUGACAGUGACCUGAUCUCUCUGACAGUCGAUGUAGACUCUCUUGCUGAGUUAGAUGAUGGAAUGGCAUCCAACCAAAGUUCUCCCAGUAGAGCUGUUGGUCUUUGCCUAACUUCUGAGCCCCCAGUACAAGGCACGCUGGCAGCUGAGCAGGAGUGGAGCAAACCUGAAGGGGAGAGGGAAAGCCAUGGUCUGUUUACUGGAAGCUUAAAACCGAAGCCUGGCAAACAAGAUUACCUGGAGAAAGCGGGCGAGUUGAUAAAACUGGCCUUGAAGAAGGAGGAGGAAGAAGAUUAUGAAACUGCCUUCAGCUUUUAUAGAAAGGGGGUUGAUCUGCUUCUGGAAGGUGUUCAAGGUGAAUCAAGUCCAACUCGUCGAGAAGCAGUGAAAAGGAAGACUGCAGAAUACCUUAUGCGUGCUGAAAAAAUUUCCAGUCUCUACCAGAAAUCCUCUGAAGAUGCAUCUGUUUCUAUG